AACAUGUGAACGUGUCCAUGCCCUAAGCAUGGACGACGUGCUUGCCGGAGGCCGGAGUUUCUGCUGGUUGCUGUUUGGUUAUGCUUUUUUAACGAAUCUGAAUUUUGUUUCUUUAGUCUUGUCAACGAAUUGAAAUUCGGUGAAAAUGCCCUGGAAACUUCCGAAACCGCUUAUUUACGCUUCUGUAGCGGCGACUACUGUCGGCGUGGCGUAUCUGACAAAAUAUGAUAUUAACAAGUGGACAAGUAAUUUUUUUUUCAUUGCUUUUUGACAAUAUAAAAGUGAUUAUGACGGAAUUAUAGGGAUUACAUGGGAGGUGCAAAGUACAAAGGAAAAGAGGAUCUAACUGAUAAAAUAGUCAUUGUAACAGGAGCCAAUUCCGGCAUUGGAAAGGAGACAACCCAAGAGUUAGCCAGACGUAAUGCAAAAGUUAUUAUGGCAUGCAGGGACAUGGAAAAAUGUGAAACGGAACGCCGAAAUAUUGUACUCGAAACAAAGAAUAAGUAUGUUUACUGCAGGAAGUGUGACUUAGCGUCGCAAGAUAGUAUUAGGACAUUUGUUAAGCAAUUUAAGAAAGAAUUUAAUAAGCUUCAUAUACUUAUUAAUAAUGCUGGCGUAAUGAGAUGCCCAAAGAGUUAUACUCAAGAAGGCAUCGAGAUGCAGCUUGGGGUCAAUCACAUGGGACACUUCUUGCUCACAAACUUACUGCUGGACAUCCUGAAAGCAUCCAUGCCAGCCAGAAUUGUGAAUCUGACAAGCGCCGCUCACCGUAGCGGUCAAAUAAACAUGAAGGACUUAAAUUGGGAAAAUGAUUAUGAUGCUGGUAGAGCAUAUGGCCAAAGUAAAUUGGCUAAUAUUCUUUUCACUCGGGAAUUGGCAAAUAGAUUGAAAGGAACCGAUGUUACCGUGAACGCUGUUCAUCCCGGUAUAGUCGAUACAAACAUAACACGGCACAUGUCCGUAUACAAUAAUUUCUUUACACGAAUAUUCCUGAAGCCGUUUGCCUGGCCGUUCGUUAGAUCACCUUUGCAAGGAGCUCAAACUGUUUUAUAUGCGACAUUAGAUCCUAGUCUUGCAAAUGUUUCAGGAUGUUAUUUCAAUAAUUGCGAAAUCAAGGAUGUGACAGAAGAAGCCAAAAACGAUGAAAUGGCAAAGUGGCUGUGGAAAGUCAGUGAAAAAUGGACAAAAUUAAAUGUUACUUAAAUAAAUGUAUAAUAGAAGUAUAUAAGCAAUAUACAGUUCCAAGAUGUUUUUGAAA